AUGGGUCGUUCGUUUGUCCGCUCGUUUAUAUCCAGUUUUGGAGGGAGGAACAAUGGUUCGAGUAAAGAAAGCAGAAAGUCGUCGAGCGACGUUACGCCCGUGACCGACGUAACUCCAACCGAUUCACCACCUCGAUGGCAAACACCCCCCGAAACCCCAUCCCCUCCGGCCGAAUCAUCGCCUAUGAGCUCUGGACCAAGAGUUGGAGCUAGCUCUCGACCGGCAUCUAUGAUCUUUUCGUGCAACCCACCUUUCAUGCAGCAUGCAGAGGAUACCCCGCCGGAACUGUCGCCAAUCUUUUCAUUUCUCAAUAUCCACACGAGCAAGGUCUACCAGGAAGGAUACUUCCUGAAACUUAAUGAUUUGGAUACUUACGGACGGCCUUCUGGCGAUCGACAGUGGGUCGAAUGCUACGCACAACUAGUAGGAACCGUUCUUUCACUAUGGGAUGGCGCUGCGCUGGACGCAGCAGGGGGAGAAGAGAUCCCGGCGACAUUUAUCAAUUUGGCCGAUGCAUCACUCAAGAUGCUUGAAGUCCUUCCUAUCCGAGAUGGCAAUAAUCCGCCAUUGAAGAACGUACUCAGCGUUUCCUCGGCAGGCAAAAAUCGAUACCUCUUGCAUUUCAACUCAUUCCACUCCCUGACCCAAUGGACUGCGGCGAUUCGUCUCUCGAUGUAUGAACACACAUCUUUAUACGAAGCCUACACUGGCUCUUUGAUUGCAGCGAAGGGAAGGACUCUCAAUGGAAUCAACUCAAUCUUGGUACCUACCAAAUUCAAGUAUCAAGACUGGGCGCGCGUCCGAUUUGGCGCAGGAACUCCUUGGAGACGGUGCUGGUUUGUGAUCAGUCCGCCAGAUGAAAAAGAGCUCCAGAAGGCGCGGAAGAUGAUGAAGAAAUCGGCAUAUGACCGUUUGUCUAUCCCUGUCACCGGAAAUAUCAAAUUUUAUGAGACGAAGAAGACGAAGAAGGCGGUUCCCAUUGCAACGGUUACGCAUGUUUACUCGGCAUAUGCCGUUUAUCCGCAAUCUAAGGCUUUGAUUGAUGCAUCCACCCUGGUGAAGUUGGAAGGACGGAUCACCACCCAUAAGCCUGAGUCUUCCUCGGAAGGACUUGUCUUCGUCAUGCCCGAGCCGCAUGCCGCUGUUUCUGGAUUCGAGAUGAUGCUCCGCUUCCUUUUCCCGACAUUUGACACCUUCAAUCUUUAUGGCCGCCCUACUCGUCUAGUGGCAGAUACUAAUCACAUCAAAAGCAUCAUGUUUGCAUUCCCCAAGGAGCGGCGUUAUGGCUAUCUGGACGUAUUGGAUAUUUCCAGUCUCCUUCAAACCCCGGGAAGCCAAGAGUGGAGCGAAGCUCAGUGGAGAAAACAGCUCAAAGAAGCAACACAGCGCCGAAUUUCAUCUGGCAGAAGCAGGACUAAUAGUAUCAACAGCACGAGACCUCGCUAUCGCUCUGCAUCUGCACGCCACAGUGAUAUUCCUAUGGACUCUGCUCGCCGCCAGUUUGCUGCUCUUGAGAGCAAACCCGAAUUCAACCACUCUACUGAAGCUAUCAUCCAUGAAGUCCCUACGGGCGAUAGCUCGCCUAUUGUGUAUCACAACCGCGGACUGUCUGACAGCCCGGGCUUUGCCGGUUCUAGGCCGAGGCAUGGAUCUUUGGUUGAGAGCUCACCUGAUUCAUCUUAUCAAGAUCUGGCAUACCGUGGUUUACCAGCAGUGGCACCCAUCUCCGAGAGUGUCAGUUCUGAAAGCGACCCAAAUCUCGACCGUUACCAUGGUCCGCCAGUUGGAGAGCAGCUUCCCCCACACACCCCUCCUGCUCCCGUUGCAAACCCACCCGCAUUUUCGCACGGACCCAAAGAGAUGCCCACUAAUCGGCCAGAGGCGUCUUCGGAGCAAAGGCUAGCAAACAACCGGAUGUCUCACGCGACCCUUUCUCAACUCACAUCGGUUGGGACGAUGGGGCUGAGCGUGGCAGCCGCCGGUGCCGCCUGGAAAGGCCAUCAGGCACAGACCACGAAUGACCAACAACCCCAGGGCAACCGCAUCAAUCCCGGCCCUACUGUGUUUGCAAACUCUCUUGCAAAUUCAUCAAGUGAUGAGGAUAUCGCUCUUGCAUUCCCAGUUCGACCUCCCCCAGUUCUGGAGCAUCGUCCGAACACACCUAGUACCACUGGCAGCCCGUCGCCUCAGCGAGGUUCUCCUCUGCGAAACUCUCAACGGGCGCCAAUCGAUUCCACCAGGUCUGUGCGACGCAAGCCGCUUCCCCAGCAAGUCCUUUUUGGAACAGAGUCACAGUCAGUAGGCGAACCGAGCUAUGAUGAUCUUCGUCAUACCCUUGACGAAGAUGUGCUGAAUCAAAUCGCCCCCCAUCUGCCAUCCCCAAUUUCGUCUACUGGAAACAGAAACGGAACUGAGGAAGAGAGUGUUUAUGAUGAUGCAUCAACAGUUUCACCUGACUAUGCUAGCACCCAUGGCUCCGUGUACAGCAAGAAAUCUACCAAGUCUACCAAGCCCAGAAUGGGUGUCAUGAAGACUGUUGGAGUUCCAGUACCCAAAGACUUCGUCAUUGGCGAUACUCGUUAUGCUACAGAGAAGGCCCCGACUUCGAACCCCGAUAUUCCUACAGUUGAUUUCGGCCCAACUAUGACCUACAUGCCUACUACCGGACGCCCAACCACAUCAGACACUCUGAAGAAGCACCAACGGAACGAGUCAUCUGGAACUAAGUUCACAGUUGAUCAAGCUAAUGCCCGGCCGUCCAGCCGGGAGGAAUAUCGACGGAGCAUGCUGUGGCAACCUGGAAUGGCUUUCGGUCGCCCUGUCACUCCCGGUGGAGGUCUCACUCCGGAGCAGUAUGUGCAGCAACGAGCCGCACCCAGCCCACCAGCACAGUUCCACAACCGCACUCCUUCCAAUCCCAUGUCGGUGCACCGUCCUGUAUCUGGCGACUGGACGCAAUAUGCCCGUCCCAAUUCCCCAAUGAACGCUCAGCAAAGUCCCAAUCACCGACCUUCGUCUCGGGGUGCCCAGAGUAUGCUCAAUCACAACGAUGCUUCGACCCAGCUCUCCGCUCGUGAGCAGGAGCAUGUUGCCCGCAUGACUGGUUCUUCGUUCUUCAACAUGUCAACUGACAACCGGAAACAGCAGGCGCCUGUGAAUCCUAUGGGUCUGGUCUCGCACAUUGACGCCCGGGAGCGCGAGAAGCAACUAAUGAGGGAAGGGAUGUCUAAUCAUGCGGUUCAACAGGCCAUCGCCCAUCGUCAGCAACAUAUGAUGCAGCAACCUAUGUCAUCCCAGUACACAAUGCAGCAGUUCGCCCCUCAACAAAUGCAUCAUCAACAGGCUGGAUCUGUCUAUCCAUCUCAACAUGGCCAUCACGCGUCCAUGUAUAACAUUCCGGGAGCUAGUCACACAUGGGAUGCCCUCAACCAGGUGAACCCAGUGGAUGAGCCCCGCCGAUCUUCCUGGUACGGACAGCUUGCUGCCCAAGCCCCUCAAACUCCGCCCUAUCAGCCAAGCCAGCCCUAUACCCAAGAACCCAGGUACUACAGCUAUGCUCAGUAA